CGAAACCUAAAGCUUAAACUUUUUUCCCGCGAUUUUUUGGUAAAAUAAAUGAAAAGAAGUUGUAGUGAUAAAAACAUCAGGAUGGACGGUGAGGAGCGGGUCGCAUUGUUGCUAGAGCUGGAAGACGAAGACGAGGAAAACGAAAAGGACAAGCGCAGGUGUCGAGCGUCAAUCUCUAAGUCACCAUUUUUCUCUCCGCCCGGCGUCGAGCCACAGCAAGCAGAAACCGUCGACAACAGCAAGAUACAGCAGAUAUGCGCAAUGCAUGUUGCAGCUGCAGGAGCGGGAGCGAGAAACAAGAUUGAGGAGGAGCUGGUACGAGUGGAGGUCACUUGCGGCGGCGAGGACGUGCCGUUGCUCGAAGAAGCACUUCGGCAGCACGAUUAUAGUAUUGAUCUUAGCGCCUUGGAACGGGAAAAAGUUGAGGGUCUCCCUCAUCUUCCUCUUGGUGAAGGGGAAGGAGGUCAAGAUAAUGUAGAAGAAAGACAAAGCGGCAAAACGAAGAGCAAAAUCAAGACCAAGGCCAAGCUCGGAGGUGGCACAAAGAAUCCGACAACAGCACGAACGCGAGGCUGUACCGCGCUGGGAGAUCAUGAUGAGCGCUCUCAGGAGGAUCUCCUUAUCGUCCGUCCCAGCACGAAAGGAAAAACUACUACAACAUCACCUGCUGCUGGGUCGAGAUCCUGCAAAACAAGCACCGGAGCAGCCCUGCUCGCUCUUCUGUUCGGUAUCCUACUUCUUGCCGUCGGGCUGGUUGUUUCCGCGUGGCACACGGAACACAGGCAUGAGCAAUUGCUGCAGCUGCAGUCUGAGCAGGCAUCCAGUGUGGACACGCAGGUCCAGAGGCAACUGCAGGCCACACAGGAAUCCAAUGCAUCCCAGUUUGCGUCCCUGUUGACCCAGAUUCAGGCUACCGAGGAACUGAUAGACGCCCGCGGUGGCGAGUGGAGCAACGAGCUGGCUAGUUUGCGUACGACUCUGCAGGGACUGCGGCGCAUCGUUGACCAGGGCGCUACUAAUUUAUCGGCACGCAUCGAGACAGUGCAAACGGAACUGCAGCAGACCGUGGAAAACGUGCACACCGCGUUGGAAAACAGCAUGGCGGAGCACGCGGGGAAUACGAACGCACGCUUUGACACGGUUCGAAACGACAUUGCGGCCGUACUAACGGCAACCUCGGAUCUACGGGAGGACCAGUUACGACUAGGGGAUACUUUGCUUGGCCAGGGAGCAGACUUGGAGUCCCGUAUCGCCGAAGGCACAGCAUCGCUUGCUGCCGGCCUCGAAACCGUGCGGGGGGAAAUCGCACAAAUGGGAACGGAUCAGGGCGCCAGGGUCGACAUUCUGGUUGACCGGCUGCAGGAUCAGGUUUCUCAGGGGCAAGAAAGCCUGCGCGAAGGGCAGCAGCAGCUUGCUGCGGGACAGCAAAGCUUAACCGAGCGACAAGACCAGUUUUCUCAGGGGCAAGAGAGCCUGCGCGAAGGGCAGCAGCAGCUUGCUGCGGGACAGCAGAGCCUAAUCGAGCGACAAGACCAGUUUUCUCAGGGGCAAGAAAGCCUGCGCGAAGGGCAGCAGCAGCUUGCUGCGGGACAGCAGCGCCUGAUCGAGCGACAAGACCAGCUUUCUCAGGGGCAAGACCGCCUGCGCGAAGGGCAGCAGCAGCUUGCUGCGGGACAGCAGAGCCUAAUCGAGCGACAAGACCAGGUUUCCCAGGGGCAAGAAAGCCUGCACGAUACCCUGCUGCGACGUCACGAACACCUGGCCGAAAGCGUGCAGAGCCUUUCUGGAGGGCACGAAACGCUUCUUCAGGGGCAAAAUAAUCUAUCCGAAAAUGUCAAUCGGUUCCUGCAGAGGGUGGAAACUCUUGUCAACGACGGAGGUCAUCGGCGUAACUGA